UCUCUCAUUUCAUUCUUGAUUUUCCUCUGAUUUUUUUUCUUUAUAUUUCUGUAAUUUUUUGUUUUGUUUUUAUUAUUUUCCAGCCGAAAAAUGCCCUCUGAUAAUAAAAAACGACGUGAAGCCAAGAAAAAAGAAUUGGCUAAAAGUAAACAUAGUAAUAAAAAAGAUUUGACCAAAGAACAAUCAAAUGAAAAUGGGUCAUCAUUGAUCAAUGGUGAUAACAAUGAUUUACCUCUUACUGAAGAAGAAGAAUUGGUCAAAAAACUUGAACAUGAUAUGAAAUUGAAUUCUGAAGCUCGUUCAUGUACCGGUGUAUUGGGUAUUCAUCCCCGUUCUCGUGAUAUUAAAAUUGAUAAUUUUUCCAUCACUUUUCAUGGCGUUGAAUUAUUGUCUGAUACUAAAAUUGAAUUAAAUUGUGGCCGACGAUAUGGUUUGAUAGGAGCUAAUGGUUGUGGAAAAUCUACAUUUUUAUCAUGUCUUGGACGGCGUGAAGUGCCCAUCCAAGAUCAUAUAGAUAUUUAUUAUCUUACUCGAGAAAUUCCACCAUCAGAAAUGACCGCUCUUCAAGCUGUACUCAACGUUGAUCAAGAACGAACACGAUUAGAAGCAUUAGCUGAAGAAUUGGUUCAAUAUGAUGAUGAAGAAAGUCAAGAACAAUUGCUCGAUAUUUAUGAUCGUCUUGAUGAAAUUGAUGCAGACAAAGCUAAAGCUAAAGCCGCUUAUAUUCUACGCGGUCUUGGAUUCGAUAAGGAUAUGCAAGAAAAGAAAUGCAAAGAUUUUUCUGGUGGAUGGCGCAUGAGAAUCGCUUUGGCCCGUGCUUUAUAUGUUAAGCCUCAUUUAUUGCUUUUAGAUGAACCGACUAAUCAUCUUGAUCUAGAUGCUUGUGUAUGGCUUGAAGAAGAACUGAAAUCAUAUAAACGAAUAUUGGUGAUCGUAUCACAUUCACAGGAUUUUCUUAAUGGUGUUUGCACUAAUAUUAUUCAUUUGACUAAAAGUAAAUUGAAAUAUUACACUGGCAACUAUGAUGCAUUUGUUAAAACUCGUCUUGAAUUGCUCGAGAAUCAAAUGAAGCGAUAUAAUUGGGAACAAGCACAAAUCGCCCAUAUGAAAGAUUAUAUUGCUCGUUUUGGUCAUGGUAGCGCCAAAUUAGCUCGACAAGCACAAAGUAAAGAAAAAACAUUAGGCAAAAUGAUGGCUAGUGGAUUAACUGAGCGAGUUGUAAACGAUAAGAAUGUCUCAUUCUAUUUCCCAUCUUGUGGUACAAUUCCACCGCCGGUUAUUAUGGUACAAAAUGUUUCAUUUCGAUAUAGUGACACUACACCUUGGAUCUAUAAAAGUCUUGAUUUCGGUAUCGAUCUGGAUUCUCGUCUGGCCUUGGUCGGUCCAAAUGGUGCGGGAAAAUCUACACUGUUGAAGUUGUUAUGUGGUGAGUUAGUACCAACCGAAGGAUUGGUACGGACACAUUCACAUUUGAAGAUUGCUCGUUAUCACCAACAUUUGCAUGAACAACUUGAGCUUGAUAUUUCAGCUCUCGAAUAUAUGAUGAAAAGUUUCCCUGAAGUCAAGGAAAAAGAAGAGAUGCGUAAAAUUAUUGGCCGCUAUGGUUUGACUGGCCGGCAACAGAUUUGUCCCAUUCGACAAUUAUCCGAUGGACAACGAUGUAGAGUUGUAUUUGCUUGGUUGGCCUGGCAAGUUCCGCAUCUUUUACUUUUGGACGAACCAACCAAUCAUUUAGAUAUGGAAACCAUUGAUGCUUUAGCCGAUGCUAUCAAUGAUUUCGAAGGUGGUAUGGUAUUGGUUAGUCACGAUUUCCGUCUAAUCAGCCAGGUGGCCGAAGAAAUUUGGAUCUGUGAAAAAGAAACCGUCACGAAAUGGGAUGCAACCAUACAAGAGUACAAAGAAUUUUUACGUGAAAAAAUAUUGAAAGAUAAUCAAAAAGAUUAAAUCAAAAACACGAACAAAACAAGGUGGAAAAACUCUGGAUUGAUCUUUAUUAGGAUA